AUGUCGCCCGCAGUCGAGGAUGCUCAUGCCCAAUGGCUCCAACAGCUCGAUGCUAUGCGCAAAGCCAUUGCCGAACUCAAUCUUCCUGCCGAUGCUGAAAAGGUGCCAGCGUACGGAGACGACCUUGAAUUCGAUGAUGACGAUUUCUCUGGAACUGCCAGCGGUGAAGAUAUCUGGGAUAUCAUCAGCGAUGAGUACGAGGAAGAGUACAGCAGUGACCAUCUGGACCAAUUUCUGGACGGACAAGUUACAGCAGAAGCUUAUAGCCAGCAAUGGCUGGCAGAAAAAUGUUCCGAAGUAUCCCGAAGCAGUUCUGGCUUGGAUUCAGGAGCCUUGAAGGAGCAGAUAUCAGCAAUCUUGUCGAGUGAUAGCAAUGACGAAGAACUGCAGAUGAUGCUCGCCGAUAUUGUGGGCUACGGAGAGCUGGACCUGGUGGCGGAUCUAAUCUCACAUCGAAAAGACAUAAUGCGAUCCCUGCAUGAACCUACUCCAGCUCAGGGCAACGGUGUCAUGGGCCGUUUACAGACUCGAGCCGAACGUGAAGAAGCGUUGCGCCGAGCAGACUGGGAGCACAAGACAGCUGCAUUGGCGCCUGCUAUGGACCGAACGGGACCGCAAUAUCCUCACGUGUACCGGACUCACGAAGCUGGCAACAAGCUCUCAGCUUAUGGCAAGAAGUACGCGCUACCUCCAGACACUGUGCACCGCGAUAACAACCUCUACGAAGAAUACGAGAUUCCUGCAGUAGCUGUAGGCACUGUUGGCGUAGGCCGAAAGCUGCUGGAGAUCCAGGAACUGGAUGGCCUUUGCCAGCGCACCUUCAAAGGCUACAAGACACUUAACCGGAUGCAGAGUCUUGUGUAUCCAGUUGCAUACAAGACCAGUGAGAACAUGCUGAUUUGCGCACCUACUGGUGCUGGUAAAACAGACGCUGCCAUGCUUACAAUUCUCAACACCGUGGCCAAGAACGUUGUGCCGAACCCGAUUGACGAGCCGGACGCCACCGACUUCACUGUAAUGACGGAAGACUUCAAAAUCAUCUACGUCGCGCCGAUGAAGGCGCUCGCUGCCGAGGUUACUGAGAAGCUUGGAAAGCGUCUGGCGUGGUUGGGUAUCAAGGCUCGCGAACUUACUGGUGAUAUGCAUCUUACCAAGGCUGAGAUCUUGGAUACACAAAUUAUAGUCACUACACCAGAGAAGUGGGAUGUUGUCACAAGAAAAAGUACCGGAGACACCGAGUUGGUACAGAAAGUACGACUGCUCAUCAUCGAUGAGGUCCACAUGUUGCACGACGAGCGUGGUGCAGUUCUGGAGAGUCUGGUAGCACGUACCCAACGACAAGUCGAGAGUACUCAAUCACUGAUCCGCAUUGUUGGUCUCUCUGCCACACUUCCCAACUACGUCGACGUAGCCGACUUUUUGCGGGUGAACAAAAUGGCUGGCCUGUUUUACUUUGACGCUUCGUUCCGCCCUGUUCCUCUUGAGCAACAUUUCAUCGGCGCAAAGGGCAAGCCGGGUUCUGCAAAGUCCCGUGAAAAUGUGGAAAAGGUCGCGUUUGACAAGGUUGUUGAGAUGCUCAAGCUGGGUCACCAGAUAAUGGUAUUCGUACAUUCGAGAAAAGAUACGGUCAAGACUGCUAGGCGUUUGUACGACAUGGCUAUGGAGGAGCAGUGUACCGACCUGUUCGACCCGCAAGACCAUCCUCGGUACGAGAACGCUGUGCGCGACAUGAAACAGUCAAAAGGUCGAGAGCUACGUGAACUGCUUGGUAAAGGCAUGGGUACUCACCACGCCGGUAUGCCUCGUUCUGACAGAAAUAUGAUCGAGCGUCUCUUUGCUGAGGGUGUGCUGAAGGUGCUCUGUUGUACAGCGACGCUUGCGUGGGGUGUCAACUUACCCGCUGCAGCAGUCCUCAUCAAGGGCACUCAAGUCUAUAACGCCCAGGAAGGCAAAUUCACCGACCUUGGUAUUCUGGAUGUUCUGCAGAUUUUCGGUCGUGCUGGUCGACCUCAGUUUCAGGAUACUGGUAUUGGCUUCAUUUGUACGACACACGACAGGCUUGAUCACUACAUGCGCGCUGUGACCGAACAACAGCCUAUUGAGUCAAGGUUUUCCGCCAAACUGAUAGACAAUCUCAAUGCUGAGAUCUCUUUGGGUACAGUAACCACAGUGUCUGAAGCUGUAACAUGGCUUGGUUACUCGUAUCUGUUCGUACGGAUGCAGAAGAGCCCGCUAAUGUAUGGUAUCGAAUGGUCAGAGAUCCGCGAUGACCCACAGCUCGUAGGACGACGCCGCAAGCUUAUCAUCGACGCUGCGCGAAUUCUCCAGAGAAGCCAGAUGAUAAUCUUCAACGAGACCACCGAAGAUCUUCGAGCGAAAGACGUCGGGCGCAUCGCCAGUCAGUAUUACGUUCAGCAGUCUAGUAUAGAGAUUUUCAACACCAUGAUGCGGCCUCGUAGCACGGACGCGGAUGCCUUGGCUAUGGUCAGUAUGAGCGGCGAAUUCGACCAGGUGCAAUCGCGUGAAUCCGAAGAGAAGGAACUUUCAGCACUUAAAGAAGAAGGACAUGUCAUCACAGAAGUCAAGGAUGGAUAUGCUACAUCGCACGGAAAGACAAACUAUCUCCUCCAGGCUCAUAUUUCACGAGCUCGACUAGAAGACUUCACACUAACCUCGGACACAAAUUACAUAACCCAGAAUGCUGCACGUAUUGCGCGUGCGCUUUUUAUGAUCGCGCUUAAUCGGCGUUGGGGUUACCAAUGCCGGGUACUUCUUAGCCUUUGUCAGUCUAUCGAACAUCGAUGCUGGUCUUUUCAGCAUCCGCUGCAUCAGUAUGACCUUCCACAACCGGUUCUGCGCGCGCUCGACCAUAAAUACCCGUCAAUACAGACUUUGCGCGAUAUGGACGCGAUGGAGAUAGGAGAUAUGGUGCAUAAUAAGAAGAUGGGCGGCGUGAUCGCCAAGCUUAUGAACAACUUCCCGACUCUGAGCAUCGAAUCUGAGAUCGCCCCGCUCAACAGGGAUGUGCUACGGAUACAACUAUUCCUUACACCCGAUUUCGUUUGGAAUGAUCGGCACCAUGGUACUUCCGAGUCGUUCUGGAUUUGGGUAGAGAACUCCGAGACAUCUGAGAUCUACCACCACGAGUUCUUCAUCCUCUCACGAAGGAAGCUGUACGAUGAACACGAACUCAACUUCACGAUUCCUCUAUCCGAUCCUCUGCCUACGCAAGUAUACGUUCGCGUCUUGUCUGAUAGGUGGCUGGGCGCAGAGACGGUUCAUCCCAUAUCUUUCCAGCAUCUCAUCAGACCUGAUACCGAAAGCGUUUACACGGAUCUGCUCAAUCUCCAGCCUCUACCAAUCGCUGCGUUGAAAAACCCCUUGUUGGAAGAAGUUUACGGACAGCGCUUCCAGUACUUCAAUCCUAUGCAAUCGCAAAUUUUCCACUGUCUAUAUCACACACCCGCCAAUGUUCUGCUUGGAUCGCCGACUGGUAGUGGAAAGACUGUUGCCGCUGAGCUUGCAAUGUGGUGGGCGUUCCGCGAAAAGCCAGGCUCAAAGGUUGUAUACAUUGCACCUAUGAAGGCACUUGUCCGAGAACGAGUGCAAGAUUGGGGCAAGCGACUUGCCGGGCCAAUGGGUCUCAAGCUUGUGGAAUUGACUGGUGACAACACACCAGACACACGUACAAUCCGCGAUGCCGAUAUCAUCAUCACGACCCCUGAGAAGUGGGACGGUAUUAGUCGUAGUUGGCAGACUCGAGGUUAUGUUCGCCAAGUCAGUCUGGUCAUCAUUGACGAGAUUCAUCUCCUAGGUGGAGAUCGUGGUCCAAUUCUGGAGAUCAUCGUCUCCCGUAUGAACUACAUCGCAUCGCAAAAGAAGGAUGGCUCUAUCCGCCUGUUGGGCAUGUCGACAGCUUGCGCCAACGCAUCAGAUCUUGGAAAUUGGCUGGGUGUCAAAGAGGGCUUGUUCAAUUUCCGGCAUUCUGUUCGCCCGGUGCCCUUAGAAAUCUUCAUCGACGGCUUCCCCCAACAGCGGGGCUUUUGUCCGCUUAUGCAGUCGAUGAACAGACCUACUUUCCUUGCGAUCAAAGCGCACUCGCCAGAAAAGCCAGUCAUUGUUUUCGUAGCUUCGCGUCGCCAGACUCGUCUGACAGCUCGUGAUCUCAUCAACUUCUGCGGUAUGGAAGACAACCCGAGGCGCUUCUUGCACAUGUCUGAAGACGACCUGGCCGUUAAUCUCGAUAGAGUCAAAGACGACUCACUGCGAGAGGCGCUGAGCUUUGGUAUUGGUCUGCAUCACGCUGGUCUUGUCGAGACUGAUCGAUCCCUGUCAGAAGAGCUCUUUGCGAACAACAAGAUCCAGAUCCUCGUCGCGACCAGUACACUUGCUUGGGGUGUGAAUUUACCUGCCCAUCUUGUUGUUGUCAAAGGCACGCAGUUCUUCGACGCCAAAACCGAAGGAUACAAAGAUAUGGAUCUGACAGAUGUGCUGCAAAUGUUGGGUCGUGCUGGCCGUCCUCAGUUCGACGAUUCCGGUAUCGCCCGCAUCUUCACGCAAGAUGCAAAGAAGGAGUUCUACAAGCACUUCCUGCAUACUGGAUUUCCCGUCGAGUCGUCGCUGCACAAGGUGCUUGAUAAUCAUUUGGGCGCCGAGAUUUCUGCCGGUACCAUUGCCACAAAGCAAGACGCAUUGGACUAUCUGACUUGGACAUUUUUCUUCCGUCGUCUACAUAAGAACCCAUCCUUCUAUGGACUCGAAAUCUCGGCUGAAGAGCACAACACAAUAGCCGCGCAAUCCUUGGCCAACGACUAUAUGGUAGAGCUGGUCGAGACUUCUCUCAGUGAACUAGACGAGUCGUCUUGCGCGGUCGUGGAGCCAACAGGCGAAGUAGACCCAACUCCACUCGGCAAGAUCAUGAGUUACUACUAUCUCAGCCACAAGACAAUCCGCUACCUUGUAAAGAACGUCAAGCGUGACGCAACCUUCUCGGAUGCUUUGUCGUGGAUUUCACACGCGACUGAAUAUGACGAGCUACCUGUCCGCCACAACGAGGACCUCAUUAAUGCUGAGCUGUCGAAAGCUCUCCCGAUUCCUGCGGACGAUUUUGGUCUACCCAUGUGGGAUCCGCACGUCAAGUCGUUCUUGCUCCUGCAAGCCCACUUCUCGCGCAUCGACUUGCCAAUCUCAGAUUAUGUCGGUGAUUUAAAUAGUGUCUUGGACCAGAGCAUCCGUAUCGUACAGGCAUCGAUCGAUGUACUCACCGAGCUUGGCUACCUCUCUUCAUGUGAGACGAUGAUCUCGAUCCUUCAGGCUAUCAAGACUGCUCGCUGGCCGACCGAUGGGCCACUAUCGAUUUUUGCAGGUGUGGAAGUCGACAAGGAGAAGAAACGUCUCGAACAUCCCAAAGCUAGUCCAAAGACCCUGAUUGAGACAACCACUGCAUCUUCCGCAGUGCUUGAACGGGCAGCCAAGUUCGCUGGUGUCCCACACACUGGCAUCAAGAGGUUCAUGGAGCCCAUGUCUCGAUUACCUGUCUUGAAGCUCGAUCUAGGCAACGUCAAUGCGCUCGGUUUGGACUUCAGGAUCUCACGCCAGAAUCCAGCUAGAAUACAACAAGGUGGCAUACGCAUUUUUGCUCCACGAUACCCGAAGCCGCAAACAGAAGGCUUCUUCGCCAUCAUCUCGUACUCCAGUACUGACGAGAUCAUUGCUUUGAAACGCGUCAAUUGGCCUGACCCUAACAGGAAUGGCGGACAGGGACGAGGUGGACGCAGCGCAAAUGCAUCUGGAGGCGCACACUCCAGACUGCAGGCUUCUACUAAGGUCUCGCUACCACCCGAGGCGCAGGGUAAAAAGGUGGACAUUGCCGUACUAAGCGAUUCAUAUCCAGGUAUGAAGUGGAAGAUAGAGGGAGUGGAAGUGCCUGAAGCGCCUGUUGUAGACGCAUAUGGAAAGGGCAAAGAGAAGGCAUAG